AUGAAGGGUACUACUUUGGUUAUGGUAUCUUGUGUUUUCAUAUGUUUCAUUCUGAGUCAUGGGAAAGACGGGGAUUGUUGGGAUGAAAUCCCAUUCCCUGGAAAAUGCAGCAAACAUGGAAAAAAAGAAUGCUUCAAAGAAAUGCUUUCGAAGAACGUAACACGAUCCUUUGUUCGCUGCAACUGUAUAAACUGGGAACAUGACAAAUCAAGUGAGGAAGGACAUGUUGUAAAACAUAGUCAUGAGCAUACAGAGCAUGAACAUAUCUGCCAAUGUCUGAGAGUUGUUGCCGGUGAUUGCGUGCCAGGAAAAGCGUAACAGAGU